CCCUUAAUAUUCACUCUCUCUUCCUCCUCCUGUCUCGCUCUCGUCAGUGAAACAAAGAAGAGAGGAAAGGAACGACGAGAUGGCGAGGGAGAACCAGGGCGUUCAAGAUAACAUCCCCACUUCCACCGCCGACGCUCCUUCCGCCGCCAAGCAGCCGGCUCCUGUCACAAAGGGCACGGACAGCCAAGCCGUCCUCAAGAGGUUGCAGUCUGAACUAAUGGCAUUAAUGAUGGGUGGAGAUCCUGGCAUAUCGGCCUUCCCCGAGGGAGACAACAUCUUUUGCUGGAGGGGAACGAUCACUGGCAGUAAGGACACAGUUUAUGAGGGCACGAUCUACAAGCUCUCUCUUGUCUUCCCCACUGAUUACCCAUUCAAGCCUCCAAAGGUGAAGUUUGACACUGUCUGCUUCCAUCCAAAUGUGGAUCUCUCCGGCAACAUCUGCUUGGAUAUUCUUCAGGAUAAGUGGUCGUCUGCGUAUGAUGUUAGGACCAUAUUACUUUCAAUCCAAAGUCUUUUGGGUGAGCCAAACAAUGACUCUCCCCUCAACACUCAGGCAGCAGCUCUUUGGUCCAACCAAGAAGAGUUCAGGAAAAUGGUGGAGAAGCUGUACAAACCAACUUAGUCUGUGGGAACAUGGAUUUGAAGAUUCAUUUGGUUUCUAUGCUUUUUGCUCAUGGAUGGCUUUUCAAUUUACAAGCUAUACAGAUUGUUCUUGAGCGUCGAGUGCACUUUUAAGAUUGUCAAAGAGGAUGCCUGAAAUGGUGGGAACAUGGAUUUGAAGAUUCAUUUGGUUUCUAUGCUUUUUGCUCAUGGAUGGCUUUUCAAUUUACAAGCUAUACAGAUUGUUCUUGAGCGUCGAGUGCACUUUUAAGAUUGUCAAAGAGGAUGCCUGAAAUAUUCAAUUUUGUUUUGUGUUCUCAUUGUUUUACACAUUGUUUAUUUAAACUGGUAGAACUCAAUGGAUGAAAUGGACUGUUGUUCUAUUCGAUCUUGAGCUAAACUAAUGGCUGAAAUAUUCAAUUUUGUUUUGGGCUCUAAA